AUGUCUCGUCACUCUUGGAACCCCCCAGACACUUCGUACCUGCCGCAGAGAUCGAACGAGAUUGGGAAUCAGGCCCGGAUACCGCCUUGGGCUUAUGCCCCGACUACCUCGCAAAGAGAGCCGUACAUUCCACCCAGUACGACUGAAAGGGAUUCGGGAUCUCGAGUUUCAUCCUAUCUGCCUUGGAUGCCAUCUCCCGCGGACGCGGGGCCCAGUCAGCAGCCUCAAACCGCUCGUAACAGCACGGGCUAUGUUCCCAAAUCACCAGAUUUCAGCAUCAUCGAUCAACCGGCUCCUUUUUGGAACAAUCAUCGUCAAAACGAGGUCUGGGUACCACCUGCAGCCGUUGACACGGCUGGAAUCUACGGCGACCCCUCGCAAUCCGAAUCUCGAGGCGGGCGUGAGCUACAAGAUGUGCGCGUUGAAUACCCACAGCCUCGAAACCAAGAGCUAGGGUUCUUGGACGAUGCGCCAGCCUCCAACAGAGACUCGCCUUCUGCACCUCACCUCCAGGCUGAAGGCCAGCGGCUCAGCACCUUUGCUGCAACAGAUAACCGUCUCCGUAAAGCGAUCACGCGCAAACCAGUCCCGCUGCGGCCAAUGCAACGGCCAGCACCCAGCCCAUCAACCCGGCCCUCGAGCGCGACAAGGCUCCAGGCAGCAAACAAUGCCAGCACAAUCUACAGCCCAGGCUCCCAUCUCAACGAAUGGCAGCCCCCAGCACCGAGCCCGCAGCACUCCCUCUUUGGACCCCACCCCCAGGGGUUGCUAAGGCCUGGCCGCUUCAUGAUGAUCACGCCCGGCAUGCGAGCCUGGGCCAUUGACCGGCCAGCCUCCCAAGCCCACGCCGACGUCGCCAUCGACCCAAUGACCCCCCUCUGGCUCGAGUAUCGUGCCCAAGUCCAGAACCUCUGCCGCGCCUUCCGACGCGACACGGCCUGCGGCAUUGCCGCCUGCUCCGGCAACAUCAUUAGCACGGGCGACUUUGGCAUCGAAAUGGCCGGCAGCACGUACCAGGAGCACCAUGCCGAAGAGGCGCUCCUCUCCGGCAGCCGGCGCACGAGACGUCGGCUGACGAGCGAGUGGAUCGACGGCCGGCAGACGGACGUCUGGCUCGUCGAGCUCGACGUGCAGUGCGUGCUGCUGGGUAUCGAGCCGUGCUUCGGGGGCCGGUAUCCGGGGCACAAGUGCCGGGACUUCUUCAGCAGCGCUGGGCGCUUGUUCAGGCCGCGCGUGGGCAGCGUGACUGCGGCGACGACGGGGGUGUUGCGCAAAGGGGAAGUUGCCGAAGCCAUGUGGGUGAGAGCGCGGUUUGUGCCGCGUUCGGAUAGGGGGGUGACGCCCGUGUUCUGCUAUGAGAUGCAGAGGGACAAGGCGAACCCUGUGCCGUCUGUUCUGUCGGCGCUCAAGAAGACUACCGGGCAGGGACCGAACUUCGCGUGGCUUGACGCGAAAGAUGAUCUUUGGGGCAGCAUGUACGGGGAUGUGAUGUGGAUCAGCGGUGAUGGGCGCGACAAUGUUUGGCGGGCGAAGCGAGAGGCCAUGCAACGGUUUUUGGAGCAGAACGGUUGGGAGGCUAGAGAUGGCUUCGUGGUUCUUCGGGGAAGUACUGCGCCGGGCAUGUUUGGGAGAAGCAACUACGAUGUGCGCACGGCGGAUGGCAGUGAGAGGCCCUUUUGGCUGAAGCUGCCUCCGGCUCAGGCCCAGGGGCCUAAUAUGCUGAGGAAGAAGAGACCGGCCAGCUCCCGUUGA